AUGACCAUCUUACAGGUCACCCUUCAGCCGUUCGGCAUCUUGAACGCGCUUCGAAACCGCUUCGUCAUUCCGUUCGCCAUUUCGUUCUUGCAGCGCAUCGCGCUCUUCAACCCGAAGGAAUCGUUCACGUAUAAAACUGUCGAUUGGCUGACCGUCAUACUCGCGACGUUGACGAUGAUGAUAAGCGUGAUUUUUUACGUCAUGCUCGAGACAGACACGUACGGAAAGCUCCGUAAGGUGUUCGAUUCGCGCCCGUGGAGGAACGGGGAGAACGUGUAUCUCGCCUCGGACGCGUCCGCGGUGGACGCGCCAGAGGCGAACCGCGAGUGCCCGUUUUCAGACAAGACCGCGAAGGGGAGCUGUCCCAUCUGCUGCACGUGCACGUCUAAGGAUGGCUAUCACCAUGGCGACCCUGCGAGGAUGCACAACAACUUCGGCGUCGCGAUGAUCGAGUACGAAUUAGCGCGCAAGGCUCUUGAACGCGAAGACAGCCUCGUUUUGGGUCGCAUCCAACUUGACACGCUCGUGAACUACCGCGGCAACUACCUUUUCGGAACUCUGAGCCCUUCAUGCAAGGGCUGCUACAUGAAAACGUGGUGCUGGAACGUUGGGUAUCGCAUGACCUGGCAGUCCACUAUCGUAGCUUUCAACGCGAUGUUGUGCUCGCUCAUCUUCCAGUCCGACAUCAACCUGUUUUAUGCAGAUCUGAAGAACAUCCUGCUGUGCAUUUCCUGCUUCUUCUCCGUGUCGACCCUCGUCAUGCAGCUCGCACUUCUCGCAACCGCGGUUGUCUUCAUCAACGAACAUUCGUUCAUGGACAAGUCCGCGAUACCGAGGUGGCUGCAAGGGAGGAAAAACUCCGCUCUCAUGAAAGUCAUCGAAUACUUCGCAGAUCCGUGUGCUAAAUACGGCGUCCCGACGACGAAGAAAUAUUGGAGCUGGGUGUCCAGGCCGCCGAGGAAGAAGUGGCGACGCGAGUAA